AUGGCGUCGCCGCAGCUGCAGCCGCGGGCGCCUGUCGCCGGGGGAAUGGCGGAUUCGAGCCGGCCCGCAGCCGUGAACCAGGGAUACAGCCUCGCGUCUUCCUGGGAACACAACGCACCACUGUCAGAGCGACAGCUGGCGACAAUCGCGAUGCUCGCGAAUGUGGCUGGUAACCGCUCUCUGCCACCCCACCUGGUGCGUCUCGUGUCCGGCCCUGCACGUUCCAUCGUCUACGCUCCCUGUGUCUCACCCUUGACACCACGCUGGUCCUUCACACUGCACAUGCCUUGCCCCACACCACCCCAAUGCAACCAUCAUCUUGCCUGCCUGCCUGCCCGCCCGUCCCUCUUCUCCCUCCCGCACAACUUCUCUCUGCUGUCUGUCACUGCUGCUGGAUUUGACGCGUCUUACAACUCUCCUUUCCCCUCCUUGCCCCUCCGCCACUCUUGUUCUCCCGCUUCUUCCUCCCCCCCCCCUCCCUUCUUUCCCCCCUUCCACCCGCCCAACUUUCCUCCACUUUACACUGCUCUCGGAAUCAGGAAGGGAUGGAAGGAGGGGCGAGAGGAGAGCGCAGCGACAGCAGCAGGCGCAGUGGUGGGAGAAGGAGGAGCAGACGACGGGGAGGAGGGCGAGGAAGAGAGCGAUAUGCUGCUGCUAGUCAACAGCCACCAGGUAACCCUCUCUCCUCGCCUUGUGCUAGUCUUUCCAUCCCACCCCUCAUUAGCCCAUCCUGCCGUAUCGCCCCCCACCCACUAUUGGCGUGUUGCCUCGUUCCCACAGUUUUACAAGUGGCAUUCAGACCUUGAAACGGCUAUGAAGUCAGAGACAGAGGAGAAGUAUCGGCAGUAUGUGUCUGUACUGGAAACACAUUUGCAGACUUGCGACCAUAUCCUCAUGCAGGUGACUGGGGGAUGA